CAAGAAACGACCUCGUUUACCGUCCCCCCCCCCCCUCGAGCUGUAGCCUCGUCCGCGUCUCGGUGAAGAUUGUGAAGUGUUAGCGGUACCAUGUCCAGAUCAACGGGGAGCGGUGCCAAUGAUGUCACCCGCUUCCUGUCGUCGGGGGUGGGGCCAGGCUCCCCCACCUCCAACUCCACCUCCGUGUUCUCCGCCGCCAGCCAGGCCGACUGGGCCGCCAAGAGGCUUGUGUGGGUCCCAUCAGAGAAGCAUGGCUUUGAGUCGGCCAGUAUUAGGGAGGAGCGUGGGGAUGAGGUGGAGGUGGAGCUGACAGACAGCCAGCGGCGGGUGACCCUGUCCAGGGAGGAAGUACAGCGGAUGAACCCUCCCCGCUUCAGCAAGGUGGAGGACAUGGCUGACCUCACAUGCCUCAACGAAGCUUCAGUGUUACACAACCUGAGGGAGAGAUACUACUCCGGUUUGAUCUAUACGUACUCGGGGCUUUUUUGCGUAGUGGUCAACCCCUACAAGAACCUGCCCAUCUACACAGAGUCAAUUGUGGAGAUGUACCGUGGCAAGAAACGUCACGAGAUGCCCCCACACAUCUACGCCAUCUCAGAGGCUGCCUACCGCAGCAUGCUACAAGAUAGAGAAGAUCAGUCCAUCCUCUGCACAGGAGAGUCCGGUGCAGGGAAAACGGAGAACACAAAGAAAGUCAUCCAGUAUCUGGCCCAUGUUGCUUCCUCCCACAAGACCUCAACUCUGGGGAGAAACAAGGAGUCUUUGCAGGUAUGUAAAGAUACUGGUGAGCUGGAAAGGCAGCUUCUGCAGGCAAACCCCAUCUUGGAGGCCUUCGGUAACGCCAAGACUGUCAAGAAUGACAACUCCUCCAGAUUUGGUAAAUUCAUCCGCAUUAACUUUGAUGUGGCAGGGUACAUCGUUGGUGCCAACAUUGAGACCUACCUGUUGGAAAAGUCAAGGGCAAUCCGUCAGGCCAAAGAUGAGAGGACAUUUCACAUCUUUUACCAGUUGCUGUCGGGAGCGUCAGAGGCCACAAGGGCGGACCUGCUGCUGGGUAGUGCUGAUCAGUACCGGUUCCUGAGUGGAGGCUCCAUCCCUCUUCCCAGCCAGAACGAGUCAGAUAACUUCACCCAGACCAUGGACUCCAUGGUCAUCAUGGGUUUUAGCCCAGAGGAGUCAAUAUCCAUGUUGAAGGUGAUCUCCGCGGUGCUGCAGUUUGGGAACAUCUCCUUCACAAAGGAGAAGAACCAGGACCAGGCCUCCAUGCCAGAUGACACGGCAGCCCAAAAACUGUGCCAUCUGCUGGGCAUCAGUGUAGUGGAGUUCACCCGGGCCAUCCUCACACCAAGGAUCAAAGUAGGGCGAGAGUACGUCCAGAAGGCCCAGACCAAAGAGCAGGCUGACUUUGCAGUGGAGGCUUUGGCCAAGGCGACAUACGAGCGUCUGUUCAGAUGGCUGGUCCACAGGAUCAACAGAGCUCUGGACCGCAGACAGAGACAGGGAGCCUCCUUCAUCGGCAUCCUGGACAUUGCUGGCUUUGAGAUCUUCCAGCUGAACUCAUUUGAGCAGCUGUGUAUCAACUACACCAAUGAGAAGCUCCAGCAGCUCUUCAACCACACCAUGUUCAUCCUGGAGCAGGAGGAGUACCAGAGGGAGGGCAUUGAGUGGAACUUCAUCGACUUUGGCCUCGACCUGCAGCCCUGCAUCGAUCUCAUCGAGAGACCGGCUCACCCCCCUGGUGUCCUAGCCCUCCUCGAUGAGGAGUGCUGGUUUCCUCGGGCGACGGACCGCUCCUUUGUGGACAAGUUGUCUGGCGAACAAGGCAGCCAUCCUAAAUUCUACAAACCGCGGCAGCUGCGCCAGGAAGCUGACUUCGCCAUCAUCCACUACGCUGGGAAGGUUGAUUACAAGGCAGACGAUUGGUUGGUGAAGAACAUGGAUCCCUUGAAUGACAACGUGGCCUCUCUCCUUCACCAGUCCUCGGAUCAUUUCAUCUCUGAGCUCUGGAGAGAGGUGGAGAGGAUAGUGGGUCUGGACCAGGUUUCCUCCGGAGAGAACAGUGGGCCGGUCACAUUCGGGGCGGCGGGGCUGAAGACCAAGAAAGGGAUGUUCAGGACGGUGGGCCAGCUCUACAAAGAGUCCCUCACCAAGCUGAUGGCCACGCUGAGGAACACCAACCCCAACUUCCUCCGCUGUAUCAUCCCCAACCACGAGAAGAGGGCUGGUAAGCUGUCACCCCAUCUGGUGCUGGACCAGCUGAGAUGUAAUGGUGUUUUAGAGGGAAUCCGUAUCUGCAGACAGGGCUUUCCUAACCGCAUCCCAUUCCAAGAGUUCCGACAGAGAUACGAGAUCCUGACUCCUAAUGCUAUUCCUCGCACCUUCAUGGACGGGAAACAGGCAUCUGAACUCAUGAUCAGCGCGUUGGAACUGGACCGGAACCUGUUCCGAGUGGGCCAGAGUAAAGUGUUUUUCAGAGCCGGGGUCCUCGCUCACCUGGAGGAGGAAAGAGACCUCAAGAUCACCGACACCAUCAUUCGCUUCCAGAGUGCUGCCCGGGGAUACCUCGCACGCAAGGCCUUCCUAAAGAAGCAGCAGCAGCUGAGCGCGCUGAGAGUGAUGCAGAGGAACUGUGCUGCCUACCUCAAACUCAGGAACUGGCAAUGGUGGAGGCUCUUCACAAAGGUGAAGCCCCUGCUCCAGGUGACCCGCCAGGAAGAGGAGAUCCAGAUCAGGGAGGCAGAGCUCCAGAGGGCCAAGGACAAACUAGGCCGGGCGGAGCUGGAAUACACAGAACUGGAUCAGAAACACACACAGCUGCUGGAGGAGAAGGCAGUGCUGGCUGACCAGCUGCAGGCGGAGGCGGAGCUCUUCGCUGAGGCGGAGGAGAUGAGGGCCAGGCUGGCCAGUAGAAAACAGGAGCUGGAGGAGGUGCUAGGUGAGCUGGAGAGCCGACUGGAGGAAGAGGAGGAGAGAGGCGUGCAGCUAACCAAUGAGAAGAAGAGGAUGCAGCAGCACAUGCAGGACCUGGAGGAGCAGUUGGAAGAAGAGGAGGGGGCUAGACAGCGCCUCCUGCUGGAGAAAGUUACUCUAGAGACCAAGGUGAAGAGUCUGGAGACCGACUUGCUGGGCGCAGUGGAGCAGAGAGACCGACUCAGCAAGGAAAAAAAACAGUUGGAGGAGCGCCUGAGUGAAGUGACCGACCAGCUAACCGAGGAAGAGGAGAAGACAAAGAGUCUCAACAAACUCAAGAAUAAGCAGGAGGCAGUCAUCGCUGACCUUGAGGAACGCCUGAAGCGUGAGGAGCAGGGCCGCCUGGAGCAGGAGAAAUGGAGGAGGAGGAUGGAGAAUGAGUCCGUGGAAGCCCAGGAGCAGCUGUCGGACCUGGGGAUGCUGGCCGCGGAGCUUAGGGGCAGUCUGGCUCAGAAGGAGAAGGAGAUCACCUCCCUACAGGGCCGGCUGGAGGAGGAAGGAGCACGGCGUGUGGAGGCCCAGAGAGCUCUGCGGGAGGCCAUGUCUCAGGUGUCUGAGCUGAAGGAGGAGGUGGAGAACGAACGGGGUAUGAGGGAGAGGGCAGAGAAGCAGAGGAGAGACCUGGGAGAGGAGCUGGAGGCCCUGCGGACGGAGCUGGAGGACACGCUGGACACCACCGCUGCCCAGCAGGAGCUCAGGUCUCGGCGGGAGGCGGAAUUAAGCGAUCUCCAGCGUUGUGUGGAGGAGGAGACGCGACGCCAUGAAGCCCAGCUCUCGGAGCUCAGGGUCAAACACAGUGCCGCCAUAGACAAUCUACAGGAACAACUGGACAACAGCAAGAGAUCGCGUCAGUCCCUGGAGAAGGCCAAGGCCAUGCUGGAAGAGGAGAGGCUGAAUUUGACCUCAGAGCUGAAGACCCUCCAGGGUGGCCGCAUGGACAGCGAGAGGGGCCGCAAGAGGGCCGAGAGCCAGCUGCAGGAACUCGCUGCUCGCCUGGCUCAGGCUGACAGAGAGAGGGAGGAGAGGGAGGAACGAGUGCACAAGCUACAGUGUGAGAUUGAGUCUCUAUCCAGCAACCUCUCUUCCUCUGACUCAAAGUCCCUCCGUCUUACAAAGGAGGUCAGCAGCCUGGAGAGCCAGCUUCAUGAUGCACAGGAAAUGCUGCAGGAGGAGACUCGUCAGAAACUGGCUCUGGGGUCGCGUGUGCGAGCGUUGGAGGAGGAGAGGAAUGGGCUGAUGGAGAGAGUGGAGGAGGAGGAGGAGAGAGUCAAGGAGCUGAACCGGCAGAUCCAGACUCACACACAGCAGCUGGUCGAGCUGCGUAAGCAGUCAGAGGAGGUGAACACGGCGGUGGAGGCUGGGGAGGAGACACGCAGGAAACUCCAGAGGGAGCUAGACAGCGCUGUUCAGAGGGAACGGCAGAAGGAGGAGGAGAAGGAGCGGGUGGAGAGACAGAGGGAGAGGCUGAGGGAGGAGAUCGAGGACAUGACAUUGGCCCUGCAGAGGGAGAGGCAGAACUGCACGGCAUUGGAGAAGAGGCAGAAGAAGUUUGAUCAGUGUCUGGCCGAGGAGAAGGCUGUGAGUGCUCGGCUGGCCGAGGAGAGGGACAGAGCGGAGGCCGACAGCAGGGAGAAAGAGACCCGUUCUCUGGCACUGGCUCGAGCUCUGCAGGAGGCCCAAGAUCAGCGGGAGGAGCUGGAGCGGGUCAACAAGCAGCUCCGUCUGGAAAUGGAGCAGCUGGUCAACCAGCAAGACGACGUUGGCAAGAAUGUCCAUGAGCUGGAGCGCUCCCGGCGGGCUCUGGAGGCGGAGGCCCAGAACUUGCGGGUUCAGACCCAGGAGCUGGAGGAGGAGCUGUCGGAGGCGGAGAACUCCAGGCUGAGGCUGGAGGUGACCCUGCAGGCCCUCAAGGCCCAGUUUGAGAGGGAGAUCAGCACCAAUGAAGAGAAGGGAGAGGAGAAGAGGAGGGCCCUCAGUAAACAGGUGAGGGAGUUGGAGAGCCAGCUGGAGGAGGAGAGGAGUCAGCGGUCUCAGGCCCUGUCCGUCAAGAAGCAGCUGGAGGCGGAGCUACAGGAGGCUGAGGCUCAGGUGGAGACGGCCAGUCGCGGCAGGGAGGAAGGCUUGAAGCAGCUAAGGAGGCUGCAGGGUCAGAUGAAAGAAAUUCUCCGUGAGCUGGACGAGACCAAGCUGGCUCGAGAUGAGGUGGUCACCCAGUCGAAAGACAGCGAGAAGCGCCUGCAAACUCUGGAAGCAGAAGUCCUGCAGCUCACUGAGGAGCUGUCUGUGUCUGAGAGGCAGAGGAGACAGGCCCAGCAGGAGAGAGAUGAGAUGGCCGACGAGAUGGUCAACAGCACCUCUGGAAAGUCAGCACUGUGUGAAGAGAAGAGGAGGUUAGAGGUGCGGGUUUCUCAGCUGGAAGAGGAGCUGGAGGAAGAGCAGAGUAACUCUGAACUCAUAGCGGAGAGGCAAAGGAAGACUGCUCUGCAGGUGGAGACUUUGACGGUGCAGCUGCAGGGCGAGAGGACCCUGACCCAGAAAGCAGAGGCGGCUCGGGAGCAGCUGGAGAGGCAGAACAAGGAACUGAAGACCAGGCUGGGAGAGAUGGAGGGAGCCGUCAGGGGCAAACACAGGCUCAGCGUGGCCGCCCUGGAGGCCAAGAUCGAGUCCAUGGAGGAACAGCUGGAGCAGGAGAGACAGGAGCGAGCGAUAGCUAAUAAACUGGUGCGGAAGACAGAGAAGAAACUGAAGGAGGUGUUGAUGCAGGCAGAAGACGAGAGGAGACAUGCAGACCAGUACAGAGAGCAGCUGGAUAAAUCUAUGGGCCGACUGAGGCAGCUAAAGCGGCAGCUGGAGGAGGUGGAGGAGGAGAAUUCUCGCUCCAACGCCCAGAAGAGGAAGUUGCAGAGGGAGCUGGAGGAGCUCACAGACAGCAGCCAGAGCAUGACGCGGGAGAUCAGCGCCCUUCGCAGCCAGCUCAGCAUCCCUGAAUGGAGACCAGAUAAGCGCGCUCCUUUGCCUUUGGCAAUGCGUGGACGUAGAGCCCUGGUGGACGACCUGUCGUUGGAGAACUCGGAUUCGGAGGAGCCCCCCGCCUCACCGACUCCGUCCUCCGGGCCUCCGGGAACUCCAACUCCAUCCUCGGACCACAGCCUCGACCCUCCACCGCCUUACAGCGUCAACAACACCGAGUGACACACACACAUAUACACACACACACACAUGCACAGACUCGCACACAUACACACACACACAGUAAGGACACACACAUAGAAACACACAUGCACAAGCUGCCCUCGGAGCCUAAAGCGCUCAAGAGGUGAAGGACGGGCGCAGAC